AUGAAGUAAAGCGAAUUAGUUAAUAAGAUCAACACGGGGUAUUUUGAUUUUAAGAAUUUGCUUUUCUAUCUCUUUUUCAAGUAAUUUGAAAGAAUAGGGGUUCUAAUCUAUUAUUUAGUGAUGAUUGUUCAUUUUUGCACUCUUUAAAUUAAGUAAUAAUAAUCUGAUAAUUAAAGUUAAGAGGAUUUGGUAAUGUACAUUUUGCCAUUGUCGAUGCACUAUGUGUUGUAAAUUGCAAAGGCAUUUUAUUUUGAUUAUCAAAAAAUGGAAUACGACAAGAAAACCAAUAACCGAGAAGUCACAAGAUACAGAAGAUUGAGGAAAGAAAUUAAUUCAGGAAACAAGCCACAAAUUGUCGCAGUACAAACUGAGAAUUAACUAAUUUCCAAAGAACCAUAAGUAGUAAUAUCAAAAGUAGAGAUAUAAAAAAAACCCCAUUCAGUUUAGUCCGGGAGAAAAAAAGAAAAACUAUAACUAUAUGAAAAUAUUCAAUGGUAACAGUUAGAAGUAGGGGAUUUAAUUUAUUUAAAAAGAAAUGAAGUUUGUCCUGCAGACAUAUUAAUAAUUGAUGUAUCGGACGAUAUUGUUGGAAUUUCAACAUAAUAAUUAGAUGGUUAGACUUAAGAGGAUGGAAGGUAACCAACAUAAUUAACAAUGCUAAAAAAUGGUAAAUACAAAGCAUAGGGUUUUGAUUACAAAAAGAUAUUGACUGGUCAAAUUUAAUUUGAUAAAGACUCAAAUGAGAAUAUUUUUGGUUAUAUCAAAUUAAAAAAGGACCCUAAAGGGGAAAAUUUCAAUAGACAAAAUGUAGUAAGGAGAGAAGAGCAAUUGAAAACGUGUUAGUACUUGAUUGGGUUGGUAUUAUUUGUAGGGCAGAAAUGCGUGUGUUAUGAUAAUUUAAAUAUGGCAGAGAAAAAGUCAUUUUUUGUUUAAAAAUCUAGGAUGUUUUUUGCACUGACUUUGACCAUAAGCAUAAUAAUAACAUUUAUCAGUUGGUUGGUCGCAUCGUUUAAGCUGUGCAGAAGUGAAUAUGAAGAAGCAGUGUUUGAUAGCAUUACAUUGGUUUUUUAUAUGAUUCAGUAUCUGAAGACAACGCCAAUAUACUUUUACAAUUGUAUAGAUUUAAUUGAAAUGGGAUAUGCUCAUUUUAAAUACAGGAGAUCAAAAUAUCAUAGUUAAUUUGAUUACCGAGUUAAAGGUGGUUCAAAUCUAGGAGGAAUGAAUAGUUAAAAUUAACCAUAAUAAACCAUCAAUUAUUAAUAAUUGAACUCUGUGUCUAUCGGUGAUUUGGUGAUGACUGAAUAUGUGUGUUUUGAUAAGACAGGAACAUUGACAUCUGGAGAUUUUAGAGUUAGAUCAAUAAUAAUCGAAGACAUGAUGUACAAGUUCAGUUAAAAAAAGAUACAAAAUGGAUGGUAGUUGUACAAAGAUAAUUUCAAUUAAUAAUUGAAGUAAAAUCCGAAUUUUCGUAUUCCAGAACAAGAAGAAAAUUCUGAUGAAUAAAUUGCAAUUGAUUAGCAAUAAAAGUUAAGAAAUAGUAGCUGUAAAAAUACAAUUCAACUAACGAAGUCUAUAAAUAAAUCUCAGAAUAUAAAACAAAGAUCUACAUUUUUACAUCAAACUUAGCUGAGAGAAGAGGAUGCUCAGAAUAAUUUUAAUAAUAAAAUAUAAACAUUUCAACCUUUAUAAUAGUCUGGACUUUUGAGUAAGUCAGAGUUAGACAGUGCAAAUGUUAAAAUUUCUGAUGGUAAUAUUUCUGAAUUGCUUGGACAUAAUAUUGUAGAAAAUUUAAAGCCUGAGGAUUUAGAUGAUACUCAUUGUAAAAUUACACCUGAAUUGAAGGGAAAUAAGCCAAAGCCAUUUUUUAAUAAAUCAAUUGUCAAUCAAUCACUUUCAAUCUAAUAGUCUCCAUCCUCUAGUCCAUUUGAAGAAAUUUAAUUAAUGUAAGUGGAAGAGAAAUAGUCUAUGUAUAGUGACAAAUAGAAAAAGCCUAGAAGUGAUAGUGAUGCAACCAAGAAGGAUGAGCUUAGAUAAAUAAAAAAGUAAUCAUCGUUUGUUCAUAGAAAUAAUAAAUUUUAAACUCAAUUUUUUCAGUUUGAUGAAGAAUAAAUUGAAAUUGCCUUUUAUAAAGAUUAAGAAUUUUAUUAAAAGUUAGUCUGUGGACCAUCUUAAAUGUUUUAUUAGGAAGCAAUACUCUCCUUAUUGUUGUGUUAAGAAGUAAUAUCUAAAUUCACUCAAUAAGAAGAUCAAUUUAUUCAUGAUUCAACUUCGCACUUGUUUGAUUAAGAGCUAAUGAGAUUUGCUAAUUUUUUCGAUUUUAAAUUUAUUUGUACAAAUGAAUAAAGUGGAAAGAUCACUUAUAUUAUUGAAAUCCUAAAAGAAAUCCAUGAAUUUCAAAUCCUGGCAAUUAAUCAGUAUUCCCACUUGCAUCCUCGAUUAGGAGUAUUGAUACAAUAUCCGGAUAAAUUGGCUGAAUAGUUUUAAUUUUCAUCUGAGAAUGAAUAAGAGGAUGAACUAAUUAAUUCCGUUCUCAUUGUAAGGGAAGAGUUCAAUCAAAUACCGGCAUAUGUUGACAUAGAUAAAAGUAGUAGAGAAUAUUGGGAUCGUAUAUUCCUAAAAUUGCAUAUGACUGGUAUGAGAACAGUGGUAUACUCUAAAGUUUAUUUGAGAGAAAAUGAGAAAGCCGAGUUUCUUGAUAGAUAUUAAGAGCUCAAAUUUUCUCAAUCUUAAAAUGAUUUAAUCCAAUUAUUUCACGAUAUAGAAAAGGAUAUGUAAAUUAUGCAUGUAUUAGGUAUCAAAGAGAAAAUACGUCCAGAUGCUAAGGUUCUGAUAUAAUAAAUGAGAUAAGCUGAUUUAAGUUUGUUCUUAUUAUCAGGCGAUGAUUUGAAUAGAGUCUUACCUGUUGCAUACAAGUCAAAAUUAUUGUCAACAACUGAUCAAUUACUAUACAUAGAUUCAGAUAAUGCUAAGUUAGUAAUUAAAAAUCAAUUGGCUCAAAUGGCCUAAUAACUAUAAGCCAAUGACUCUAAUACUAUCAAUACCAAUACCAACAAUAUGCAAUAAUCAAAAGCACUUAGACUCAAUACUCUGACUGAAAAGUAUCCCUCAAAGAUUGCUGAGCAGAAUCAGAAUUAGGAAAGCCAAAAUAAAUUGAUGGGGAAAAGCCAGCAAAUGUAAUCUUAAAUAUUUCCAGAAAUUAAAGCAUAUUCAAUUAUUUUAAGUGGGGAACAAUUUAAAUUAAUUUAGGAAGAUAAUGUGUUACUGGGUCAUCUAAUAUUUCUCCUCUAUUUUUGUAACUCAUUGAUAGCCUACAAAUUCAAUGCAUAAGAGAAAGCAGAGAUUAUUAAAAUUAUCUAAACUUAAUUCUAAGGAAACAAAAAAGUCUUGGCAGUUGGAGAUUCAUUUAAUGAUAUUCAAAUGUUCAGAAAAGCCAAUAUGGGGAUCCAAUUAUUCCACAUCCCAACUAGUUAUCAGACCUAGAAAAUGAGCACUAAACUGAAGAUGAACUAACGAUUCUCAAUGAACAAGAUUAUGGAAAACCCAUUAAAAAAGGUCUAUGCUAUUAAGGAUGUAUAAAAAAUGCCUACUUCAGACAUCUGCAUAAAUAAUUUUGAAGACUUGUGUGGAUUGAUGUUCUUUGAGAGUAGGAUAUUUGCAGAAGUUUAUGACGAUUUGCUAGUAUUCUCAUUUUAUAGAUCAUUACUAAUUUUAUAUUCAUUGUUUCUGAUGUACUCAACAAAUUGCGCAUAAAAUUAUUAAUUGAUUGAGGGUGGUUGGUUAACAGUUUACUAGAGUUUGAUGUUGAUUCUAUAACAAAUUGCAAGUUUGAUAUCAAAAUUAAAUGAAAAUUAUCAUGCAGAUUCUAAGAUGUAUCAAGAAUAAUUCAAAAUCAAUAUAAAGACUUUUAAAAAGAAAAAAGUUAUAUCUUUUGUAUUUAAAAUAAAUGGGAAUGCCUUACUUGAUGCGAUGUUAUUAUGGCUAUCUUACUACACCUUAUACUAAAAUAAUGCUUAGAUUGGUAUUAUUAGAUAGAUGUUACUACUUUUAUUGAUUGGAAGUGAUAUUGUAAAAUUAUGCGUUUCAACAGUGUAAAAAAUGGUUGCAUGGAUAAUUUUAUUGUUUGCUUAUCUUGUUUGUUGGCUUUCAAUGUCAUUAUUGUCUGUCAAAUUUUCGUUUGAUGAAAAUAUUGAAACAUUUGAAGGAUUAUUUGAUGAUCCAAAUUCAUGGUUUGUUUUCUUUUUCUAUAUCUUUGCUUAAUUGUGUUUGAGUUCUUGUAUUGAAGUGAUUUAGCCAUUGUUUUGUCAAAGUUUGAUAAAAAGCGAAAAAAGUUAUGAGGAGAUCUCCUAGAUAUAAUCAAAAAUAAAUGGGAAGAAAAAUACGAAUAAGAAGAAAUAUCACAAUCUGAUAAAAAGAAUAGCAGUAAUAGCUGGUAAGAUAUUUAAAAGAAAUAAUGAUGACUUGGAUAUCUCUAUUUAGGAGAUGGUAUCGGGAUCUAAUUUAAAGGUAAAUCAAGACAAGGUGAAUCCGUUUACAUUAAAAUUCAUGAACAAAGAUACAGAAAUGAAAUUCAAAAGAUUGUCUAAAAUUUUAUGGUUGAAAUUGGAGAAGUACAAAUCAAUAUUUACUCUUCUGUUUUUAGAAAUUAUUGCGAUCAUUUUGUAUGUAGUCAAUAACUUGAAUCAAUUUCAGACCACAUUAUAUUUUAUGACAUACAUCUUGGGUAUAGCAUUAGAAAUAGCAUUGUUGUCCUUGGUGUGUUCAAACAUAUAUCCAAAGCACUUUUUCUUUAUAAAUUUGGCAAUCGUGAGCAUCAGGUGUCUAAUUAAAUUUAUUUGCGAUGUUGGAUCAACUGACACCCAUGGAAUCUAUGAAAUAUUAAUUACAUAAAACUAUAUAGUGAUAGUACUGUAAUCGAGAGUGCAUUUGCCGAUUGUAAACUUUAUUUUAGUAUUCAUAUCCAUGGUAGGAUUUCUAAAGAAGUUCUCAGUGAUUGAAUUUUAGUUCUCUUAAGUUACAUACUUCGCUGUGAUAAACGGCGAUAUAAUCGCUAUAACCACAUGUAUUCUGUUUAUGGCUUUGCAAUACAAAUUGAUAAGACUGGAAAGGGAAGACUUCAUGUUGGAUGUCACGUUGAAUUAGGAGACAUCGAAUAUGACCAAUGUAUUGUCCAUUUUGUUGCCAAAAUUUAUCAGAGACAGAAUAAAUGCAAAGGGCAUGUUCGAAAUAGCUGAAAAUUAAGGAAAUGUAUCUAUAGUGUUUUGUGAUAUUUGUGGAUUUGAUGAUUUGAUUACCAUAGAGAAGGAGAACAUAGUUAAGAUAUUGGAUGGGUUAUUCAGAUAGUUUGAUUAGUUGUGCACUUAAAAUGGCAUGUAGAAGAUUGAGACAGUCGGUAAAACCUACAUGGCUGCUGGUGGACUAAAAGCUGUAGAUUAAGGGACUAAAUUUAACAAUCAGAACUGUGUUAAGAGAGCUGUUCAAUUAUCCUUGGAGAUGAUGGAACAUACAAAGAAGGUCAAGUAUGGUUAAAUCGGUUAUUUAACAAUCAAAAUCGGGGUUCAUUAUGGCAGAGUAAUUGCUGGUGUCAUUGGUCAUCACAAGCCUUAAUUCUCGUUGAUAGGAGACACAGUUAACACAACCAGUAGAGUGUGUUCAACUGGGUAGGAUGGAUAAGUCACAUUAUCCAGUGAAGCUUAUUAGGAAAUCAAUAUGCCUGAUUUGCAAUUCACUGAAAGGAAGGUGGCUGCUAAGGGAAAGGGAGAAUUAAUCACCUAUUAGGUAAGCAAAGAUAUCAAGAGAAACACUGACAAAAAAAACAUUAAAAAGAGAGGGGUCAUUUUAAAGAAUGAAGAAUCCAAUUAAAUAGUCUAUUCUCCUCAAACAUCUUUGAUGAUACAAUAAUAAGCUUAGGUGUAUCAGACUUAAACUAAACAACCAUCGUAUUUUGCUUAGAAUUCUUAGAAAAGAUAAAAUAGUAUAAUCAUCAACAAAUAAGAUGAGGUGUCCCUUUAAAAUCAAUAAUAGGAUAUUCUGCAAUAAUUCUCAUCAAAAUAAUCAAUACCAGCCUAAUAGGAUUCUUCGUAGGAGUCCAAUAGAUAAUAGGAACAAGUCAAGUAAUUUAGAAGGAAGACUAAUACAAGGUAGACUUUGUUAAUGAGAGGGUUGCCCUAGGCUACGUCAACUCUAAAUCAAAUCAAAAUAAAUAGCAAUCAGAACAUUUAACUUGAGAAUGAGUAGGAUAAUAGUUGUUAAGAUAAGGAGUUGUAAUAAUCAUAUUUGGAGAAAUCUAAUUUGCUAUCAGAUAUUUCACAAAAAUUAAGAAGAGAAUUACAGAUAGAUUAAAUUGAUGAUUACCCUGAUUUUGAUAUAGAAUUUGAUAAGAUUAAAGGGUAUUUGGAAGACGAUAGUAGCAAUGUCAUAAGUGAAUGUUUGUAAUUGGAGAGGAAGAAACUAUAUCUAGGGUUCAAAGACCAUUAAUAUCAAUUAGCAAUUGAGUUUAAAGAGUAGGUGGCUGAGGGCAGAAACAUCGUGUUAAUAACCAUCUAUUUGCAUUUCCUGUAAUAUUUGGCUAAGACUUUUACCUUGUUCAUUAUAUGGCAAUAUGAGAUUAUAGCUAUUUCUCAACUGAUCAUCGUCAUAAGGUUGGUGUCUGCAUUGAUCCUAUUGAUGUUAGCUUUGUCAUAAAAUAAGAAAUUGAAACAUAAGUUCUAUAACAGCAACUACUUUUUGGGCACUUACAUACUACUAUUAUUCAGUAUCUUGCUUGAAUUUAUAAUGUUAAAGAGUGAGGAACUAAUAGAAUUGCAGGCUUCUGAAGGAAUCUUAUUGCUUUGUUUUUUUUGCUCAUUUCAGAUAAUUGAAAUUACCUAAAAAUUGAUAUUUCUGUUGGUGUUUUGUUUUACUUAGAUUCUGAUAGUACUAAUCAAAUUUCAUAGUUGGCCAAUUGCUUAUUACACAAUAUUUUAGGGUAUAUUAAUGUUUUCAGUACAUUACAAUAUGUUUUAUUAAGAUUUGAAUACUUUUAAUAAUAAGAGAUCUUUGGGAAUAAAGAAAAGCUAAUCUGAAAACUUAGUGAAAUAUUUAUUGCCUAAUCAUAUUCUAAAAUAAUUCUUAUCAAAUAAUCAGAGAGUCUUUUUGGUUGAAUAGUUGGAAGAUGCUACAUUGUUAUUUGCAGACAUAGCUGGGUUUACUGAGUAUUCAAGCAAAGUGGAGCCGGAAUAAGUGGUGAAUAUGUUGAGAAAUCUAUUUACUGAAUUCGAUAAAUAAUGUUUGACUCAAAAUACCUAUAAAUUAUACACAAUAGGAGAUUGUUAUGUUGCUUUGGGAAUAAUAGACAUAAGAUAAAGGAAUCCUGCAUAGGAAGCCAAAAAUGUGGUAGAAUUGGGAUUUGGUAUGAUUGAAAUUAUACGAAACGUUAGAUAAAUAAUUGGAUUUGAUGGAUUGGAUAUGAGAAUAGGGAUUCACACAGGUAGAGUGAUAGCUGGCAUCUUAGGGACUGAGAUAGUGAGGUAUGACGUGUAUGGAGCGGAUGUAAUGAUUUCGAAUAAGAUGGAAUCCAAUGGGGAGAAAGGAAGAGUGCAAGUAUCAGAGGAGACCAAGCAAUUAUUGGAAUCGCAGUAUCCAGAGUCAUUUAAUUUCAUUCACAAUAAAUUGAUAGAGUUCAAGUCGAUUAAUAGAUAGACGCAUGGAUACUUUGUAGAGAAGAAUGAUUCUGGGUUUGAGGAGUCACAUCAUUAACAAAGUGGAAGAGAAUCGUUUAAAAUAUGA